AAAAAGACUUCGUCAUGUCAUAGCCUUUUUCUUGUAUUUUUCAAAACAAGUUUACUCAGUGUAUGUCAUGUCUAGCAAUUACAUCUGUCAUGUUUUUGUUGGUGAUUGGUUUUGAGAUGGAAAAUAUAUAUCACAUUUUUUGUCACCAUAAUGUAUAUAGCACAACUCGCAUGCAGAAAGCCUGGAAACUGUGAGCUUCAGAUGUGCUCUACAAAACAGCCUAUAAGUUUGGUGUAUGAUCUAAGUUCUCAAGUACAGUAAGACAUAGGAUUCUCAUAACGAAGUGGUAAUCCACAUAUGCACUCUUGUUUUGCGUUGACUUGGUACAUUCUGUUUAUCGAAGUGGUUAUCCACUCAAUCUUUCUUGUUUGAUUUUAUUUGGUGCAUUAUGUCUCUCCGUUAUUUUACGGGGAAGUAUUGGCACUGAACUGAUUAUUAUUGAACGAGUGAUUCAACAAGGACACUGCCGAUGCUAUUUUCUUGUGGCUAUUAAGCAUCAAAAGCCUUUGCUGCUCUUGAUUCAAAUGCGCGUAGAGAGCAGAUAUAUACUACCUCCGUAAACUAAUAUAAGAGCAUUUAGAAUACUAAAGUAGUAAUCUAAACACUCUUAUAUUAGUUUACAGAGGAAGUACUAUGUAUUCUGAGCUGGUACUGCAAAAAUGGACCUGUAUGUGUUAAAAAAGGAAAGACUGAUUUAUUCAGAUACUAUGGCCGCGUUCGGAUUCCCUCUGCUCCGCGGUUCCGCGCCGGAGCGGAGCGGCAAUCCAGGUAUAAUUUUCAGAGUUGACUAAAGGCCGCUCCGCGCGCUCCGCUCCGCGGAGGACUGCCGAACAGGCGCUAUAUAUAUUCCUUAUUUGCACUGCAAAAAUGGACCCUAUGUGCAAAAAAGGGGGACUGAUUUUGUUAAUCAUAUUUUGUAUGUUUAUAAAGUUCAUGUACUCUAUGUGCAACAGCGGGCACGGCGGUUUCCUUUCAGGAAGGAGAUGGACAAAUCAAAACUUCUCUGAAAUCGGGUUUUAUGGUUUUAAGAUCCAAACUAACCUCUCUGCUUCUAUGAUCUAGUCACUAGAAUUUCUAUGACUCUGAUAGUUAAGACUAGAUUUUUACGAUUUGCGAUCUUAUCAUCAGAGCUUUGAUCCGAUUUUGAUUCUAAUAGUUAAGAUUCUACGAUUUGCGAUCUUAUCAUCAGAGCUUUGAUCCAGAAUCACAGUGAUACAGCAUGACGUGCUCCUCUGUUUUGGGUACACCACACACUCCACGGCCUUCAUCCGGCAGAGCCACAGCCACCCAACCCAGCUGACACCAUCAAAAUCGCGGUUACGGGUCUGUUCAUUCAUCCCGCACCCCACCUACACGCAGACGCAGCUCUCGGCCGCCGCCGCCACCAGGGCAAUGGAGCCCGAGCCCGACCGCGGCGUCUCCCUCCUCUCCCCCGCCCCAAGCCCUAGCCACCAACCCAGCCUCCGGGCGGCCAAGUCCACGGCCUUCAAGCGCGAGGAGCGCCGCAAGCACAAGGAGCAGAAGCGGGAGCGCAAGCGGCAGGAGAACCUCGCCCUCGCGCUCGCGCAGUGGGAGCCCCUCGGCGCCCCACCCCGCCCGGCCGCCACCCCCACUCCCGGCGAGCCACUCGACGACAAGCCCUGGCCGUGUGACCCGCCAUCUCCCGCGGACGCCGCGCCCUCCGCCGCCUGGGGCUGGGGCCCUCCGGCGGAGCCCUCCGCCGACAGGGGCUGGGGCCUUCCAGCGGAACCGCCGGCGCAGCCGCCGGUCGCGGCAAGGUGCCCCCAGGCCGACGCGGUGAGGGCGUGCCGCGCGUUGUUUGAAGAGCACGCCGAUAACGACGACGACGGCGACGAGGAGGGGGAGGAAGAGGAAGGCGAUGUGGCCCGGUUCUUCGACGAGCUGCUGGAGAAAGACGCGGACCUUAGGGGGUUCUACCAGGUGGAGCGGGAGACGGGGCGGUUCCUGUGCCUGGUGUGCGAGGGGGUCGGCGCCAGGGCGGGGAAGCGGUUCCCCGGCUGCGCCGCCCUGGUGCAGCACGCCGGCUCGGUCGCCCGGACCAAGAGGAGGCUCGCUCACCGCGCCUUCGCCGACGCCCUCGGCCGCCUGCUCGGCUGGGGCGCGGGCCGGACCACCCCUGUUCCGGCUGAUUGCGACAACGAUGGCGCUAUUGAUCAAGCUGAGCACUUGGAUUCUUCUGAAUGUGCAGAAAUGGAGGUGGCCUAAUUUAUCUCAUCGUGCUAACUUAGAGAUUCUUUCUUGGUCAGAAAGCUUGGAAAUACAUGUGAUUUGGUUUGAUGUAUCGAUAACCUGGAUGCUCAUUGUCAACAUCUGUGCGUAAUAUGCUCUGGUAACCUUGAUGCUUGUGUUUAACAUCUCAAGCCGGAUCUAAAAGUUUCUGAUUUGCAAUGCAUUGUAUUUCAGUUGUUGAUUCCUGGUGUGUAUUGAUCUUGAGUUUGAAGGAAACGAGUCUAACUA